UUAAUGCUACAAAUUUAAAAAAAAAGCCUUGAAAGCUUAUAAUAAUGAAAACAAAAUGGGCAACAUAAUCAGUAAACAUCCUUAAGCCAGAGUUGAUAGGUAAACUUAGCUUGAUUUGACAAAGAGUGCAAAAGUUUUGUUUAUUUGGUACAGGUAGAAAGAAAACUCAGAAAUGACAAAUGUGGAAAAUAAACCGGGAAAUUUAAAACUUCGAUUUGAAGAGACAAAAUCUGAUGACCCAUCCUUAAUCAACGAUGCCGUAACAUUUCCUGACAAAUUGUUUAAAAGUGAACGCCAUACAUUCACCUGUCUGAAGGCUAUAUUUGGCAUCUUCUGUGGAAUUUUGACUGGUGGAAUACUGUUUGUUCUGCUAGUGUUCAGUUUUGGUUUUGACUUAGACAUGGCUGGGUAUAUAUCUAUUGGAGUGACAGCUCUAGCAUGUCUAGGUCUAGCACUGUCUGUUCAUGUCCGCUGUAUAAUGGUACUGAUGAUUCCUAGUCUGUUUACUGGUAGAGGAAGAGUAGCCAUUCUGGCAGUUAUAUUUGGACUCCUGUUAUCAGGACCCAUCAAAAACAUCUCUAUAAAUACUUCAGAAGUGUCCAGAAGUAUGGCCUGUAGUACUGAACUCUUUCAUAACCAGUCACACACUCUCAGACAGCAGCUAAAUGUACCAAUAGAGCAGAUUAAAGAUGCCCUGGGUAAACAGGCUCAGGAUAUAAAGAAGAUAGGAAAAGAAAUAGAGAAAGCCAUAGCACCAAUUUAUGAUGCUCUUGUUGCUGUUAAAAAGGGUGUCAAGUUAGUUAGUGGUGCAUUGGAUACAGCUUCACAGGAGUGUGAUAGAAUGAUGAACCGUGUGUAUGAUGACUGUGUAAGCGAUCUCAACAAAGCAUACAGUGUUUGUACGAAUACACUUCGUGAUGUUAAACGGUAUGUUCCAUUUUUAGAUUUAACAGCUGUUUGUAAAGUUCUAGAUAUAGAUAAGGUUUGUGUCGUAGUCAAACCAUCUUUUGUAUGUUCACCAGUGAAAUCUCUUGAUAAUGCAGCCGAGAAACUCGCAGAAUCUGUUGUCAGUCUGGUAAAAGAAGUCGAUAAAUGGUUUCAAUUCAACAUCAUCAACCAGUCUCAGAAUGGCAAGGUUUAUAAUGCUUCUAAAACAGCUAGAGAAUUCAUUGCUGAUAUUGAGGAGGCUCUGACCGACAAGAAAAUCACAUUUACUAACAUUGUGGGAUUUCUUAGCAAACUUUUAGCUCUGUCACUACUGUUGCUCCUAACACAAUCAUUUUUUUAUCUGAAAAAUUAUCUCGCUAAGGAUGAAUUUGAUAACAUUUACAUUUCUUCACAUUUUAAGGGUUAUGAUUCUGAAACACGAAAGAAAGGACAACAGGGGGUGUUACCUCUACAAAAGAAGGAAAAGAAACUAUACACAGAUAGUACAUCCUUGAGGAUGUCUCCAAAAGAGAAAAGUCAGAGUUUAAUGGGUAUUUCCCAGCUUUUUCUACACGUGUUACUCAGUGCUCUGAUCGUGUUCCUUAAUUACGUACUGUUCUAUAUAUUGUUCCUUGUAAACAGGUAUGGCCAGGUAAAUGUAGAGGUCACUGGACAAAGUAAAAUAAACCUAAAGGUCAAGGGAGGACAAAUGGCUGCCUUUAUAAACACUUUUAUAAAUAAUAUUAACAUUGAAAACACAUACGAAGCUAGUUAUAAUACAACUUUAUGCCUGCCAAGUCCAACAGCACCUGAUGCUACCGACAUUCCAGUUCUUUGUUCAGCAUACAUAGCUGCUCUACUCCUGGUGUUCAUGCAAGCCUACGGAGCAAGAUACAAUCGCAAAAUAUGUGCUUUCUACUAUCCUGAACAGGAAAAAGAACGUAUAGUUUUUCUUCAGAAGCAAAUCCUCUACAACCGCAAGCGAAGGCAUACUUUCAUUAAACAACAUGUCACCUCAAUUAAGAAACAAAAAAUUGCUGAGCAGAGAAUGUCUGUAAAACAAACGUUAUCUGCAAUAUGUCCAUGCUUUAAAGUGGAACAAACAGAUCUAGAAUUCUGUAUGAAUUGUGGAGCUAACCAAGGGUCCAGUCAUACAUUAAAAGCAUGUAAAAAUACAAACUGCUCAUCAACUUAUUGUUCCGAGUGUUUUGAUGAUUUUGGACAUACUUGCCCAAUCUGUAGUAAAUAACAGCAUAAGCCUUUAUAUUAUGUAUCUGAUAUUUAUCAUUUUUAUAAAUUUAAGAUUCAGUGAAGAAUACAGACCCCAUGUCCAACAAGAUAUGUGGAAAAACAUAAUAAUCAGAAUCUUCAGUUUUCAACUUGUAUAUAUCUAGAAAUAAAGGACUUAAAAUUUUGUAUUUUUUCUUCUCUUUUUUCUUUAAAGAAUAAAAUACUAUAAAAAAAACUUUGGUAUACAGACUUUAAAAAAUUUUACACAGUUUUUUCAAAACAUGAAGGUGACUCGAAAAAAGUAAAAGAAAUAUUGUUAAGAAUUAUAUUAUUUGAUGGUGCAGUUAGUAAUUUAUCUCUAUAACAUUUAAUUUAUUAUUUUUAAGAAUAUCAAAGUUGCACUUCAAUUGCCUCGCUUUGUAUUAAACAAACCUUUCGAUGCAAAGAAAAAUAUCAUGCUUAAAGUGAGAUGCAGAAAAUUGAUUUUAUUAAUUUAUAACAUAACAAAAGAAAGAAUUCAGAUUUAAUUUCUUUAUUUAUCAGAAAUGUAUUGUUUUGUUUUCACAUUAUUAAUGUUACAAAUUCAUUCUUCUGCUUAUCCCUACUUUGGGACUACAGCUGCUUUGCCCCCCCCCCCCUAUUUGGCUGAUUUGAUUCAAAUUAAACACAUAUCAAGUCUUUGUAUCUUAUACCUUAUUCUCCCUCACAAACCAAGUUUUAAUUUUUAUAUCUAUAUAAAAAGGGGGAUAAUUCAAUUUUAAUUUAACAAUUAUCAAACAGCAGUUUUUCAAAGUUGUAAUUUUGUUUAUUAUUGCCCAGACAAAAUUUCAUAAUUUAAAUACUGAUGUCCAAAAGACUAUAAUGUCUUAUGAAUAUCUGACGGAUGUUAUUUGGUAAAUUUAUAAUUACUUUUUGAUUUUUGCACCCAUAAUUACCCAAUUUGUUACAAAUUUAGCACACAAGCCUUUCAAUGAAUCUUAUCCCCCUCCCACAAGUAAUAUAUACAUAUAACGGAGGAUAACUCAAUCUUACCUAAUUUCAAAAUUGUCAAACAGCUUUUAGUCCCCAGUUUUCCAAACUGUAAUUUUGCGUAUGAAUAUACAUCUAGUAUUCGUUUAACUAUUAUUAAAUAUUUUCAUUCAUCUUA